CCACACUGCUUCUCAGUCAGAGGAGCCAAAUUUGUCUAAGAAAGCCUGACAGAAAGCAACCAUCGAGAACAGUCACAAAGAGCUCUGCUCCAGAGAGGACCACCUUAGGAGCCUUUUUUAAUGGGAGACUAUUACACAGAUCGACUACCUACCUGAUGCUCCACUGGAAGACACUGACACCCUGUGCCCCAUCCAACUAAUUACUUUGGAAGGGGAAGCAAAUAUCUCUCUGAUCACUAUGUCCACCACACAACAACAUUGACUCAGCUACUCCUUGAAAAAAUGGCCUCGAAAGACAUUGCCCGCUGAAGACACCGGAGUGUACAAUGAUGAGGGGCUCCCAGGAGUUGCAGAUUCAAAUUGAGAAGGAGCGCACUUCAAGCACCAGUGCAUGUCAGGAAAAUGGAGGCAGUGGACAACAGCAGCAUCCAAGUAGCCCAACACUGCUCUCCCUUCUAGACAGACUAAGUCUGGUGCAGACAGCCUGGGCUCCAGAGGAAACAGAAGAGGGGUUGCUGGCACGGGACACUCUGAAGACACAGCCCCCAGGGUCCUUUUUGGUGAUUAAGGACGGGACUACAGGUGGCCGGCUUUUGUGCGUCAAGGUGUCUGACGGACCAGGAGCUGCAGGACUGAAGGAGAUCGCGCUGCUCCAUCAAGAUACUGUGUGGCACCUGGAGACUUCUCACCUUGGCUUCACAGACCUUUCCCAGCUGGUCGGGUUCCUGACAAUCAGCAGAGAUGUCCUGCCUUGUUGCCUUGUUCUGCCUCCCUGCCUUUACACUCUGCCUGUUGACCAGUUAACAAAGGCAUCCACACUGGGAACCAAAUUCUGGCUCUCUCCCAGUAAACUGGCGGGCCAGGAGGAAGAGAGAUCUUCAAGAAGGACAAGCAGAAGUGAUCUUCUGCCCUUUGUCUCAUCCCGACAGGGACCCAGCAUGUGCUCUAUUCAGGUGACCUCAGAAAAUGGAGCUCUCUGUAUCAUUAACCCACUGUUCCUCAAAGAACAUGGUGAUGCUUGGUUGACACACACUGCUCAUUCCUCUCAGCCAUAUGUGGCAGGGUGUACCCCAGUUCCUUACAGGAGGGAUCGCCGUCUCAGCACCACUCGAGCUCAGAUUCGUGUAAGGAAGCAUUUUUCUUUGGAUGCUGAAAAUGAGUACACUUCCUCCAUUACAGCAGUUAAUUUAAGGGAAACUGUCUCUAUGCCGACUACUCCCACAUUAGUCAAACUACGACAGAAGCCCAUGACACGCAAUACCCCUAUGUGGAGCUGGAGUGAAGGGGUGGGUCGUUCUUCAAGGGAUGAGUAUGAAGAACCUGAGGAUAGCACCAAGGCAGAGACCAGCUUUGUGCCUCAGUCACCACACAGGGCCUCUUGGAUUGAGGAGGGCUGCUUUUCUCCUAGUUUGCAAAAAACUCGCUCAGAAACCUCAUUGUGCUCCAGUGAUGGCACCCUUAUGCCCCCCAUCUCUGAACUGGACUCCCUGUCUCUCAGCAGUAUGGAGGAUGAAGGAGAACUGACACUUUCAUCUGCUGGCCUGUCCUGUAGCCCUGUGUUAGGCCAUAGGAAACGCCAAUCACUUGCUGUAGCAGAUAAAGUGAAAAACCGCAUCUCAGCUGUGGGAAAGUCAAUUGGGGGGCUAAUCUCCUUAGAGCGCCGUAUUACCAACCGCAUCAAUGAACUGUCCCAGAAGACUGGAUCCGAGUUUGGAAACUUGGCACAGACCUUUAUCACCCACAUGAUGAAUGGCACCUCACAGGAUAAAAGCAGCACUGAAAUGCUGCAAAAUGUCCGUCAGAUGCUGACCAACCUAAAGACAUAUCUUUUGGAGGGCUCUGAACUGCAUUCCAUCCUGGAGAGUGGAGGAGAUAUUCCCGAGACAGAGCUGGAUAACAUCGUGGAGGUAGCCUUGCACAAAGUUAUCCUCAAACCUUUGUGCUCAAACAUCUACAGCCGGCUGACUAACUUCAGGAAAGGUGAUGGAUCCCUUCAGAAACUCCAGGAUAACCAAGUAAUCAUGCAGAAGUGCAGCCUUGCUGAGCUGGGCGUGGCCUCUCUAGGCCUUCCUGACGCUGCUGUGAUGGAGAAAAUCCAGCAUCGCUUCUCAGAAAUGCACAGUUCCUACUCCCCCAACAAGAAGGUUAAGCAACUACUGAAAGUGUGCAAGCUCAUCUAUGAUGCCAUGACUGCCAAUGAAGCCAAGCCAUAUGGAGCAGAUGACUUCCUACCUGUUCUUACCUAUGUGCUGAUUCAGAGUAAUAUUACAAACCUGAACCUGGAUGUGGAAUACAUGAUGGAGCUUCUGGAGCCAAGCCAGCUACAGGGAGAGGGGGGCUACUACCUGACCACUGUGUUUGGCUCACUAUAUCACAUCAGCAAUUACAAGACUGAGAUGGAAACCCCAAAAAUCAGCAUUGAGGCCCAAAAUUCCAUCCACCAGUGGAAGCGCAGAAGAACAAUAAAUAACAAACAGUCAUGGAGAAGAGUGACACAGGAUUAUCUUCUUGUCUCCUAUGAGACCCCUGGAUCCCUUCAGAAGACAGUGUCCAUCCGAGGCAGCACCACUAUUCAGGAAGUAUGUGCAACCUGUGCUGAGAAAUAUCAAGUUAGUGAGCCAGAAAACUACGCUCUCUAUCUCUUCAAGGAUGGGAAGCACUACCUGUUGGACAGUGAUGGCUUUGUGAAAAAAAUCAAAACAGAACAGAAGCAGCAAGCAACAUGGGAGAACAAGGCACUUUUUGUCUAUUGUAAAAAAGGACAGCAUUCUGAUGAGGAGGAGUACCCAGGGUUCCAGGAAGAGUCAACUAGUACCUGCAGCACAGCUUCCCCAUUGCUAUCAGGUUGUGGAUCCACCAUAGAGUGCCCAAAAUCAGCAAGUGAAUAUCAAAAGGAGCUGGAUAUUGAAUAGUGAGACUGAAACUGUCAGAAAUUGAAAGCUGACCAUUUGCGUUGGGUGAUGUUUCUGUGUUUACAUGUAAAUAAAGAGCAACCACCAGUGCCUUCUUCACCACUAGCAGGGAAAAAGCAAAGGCAAGUUAGGACAGAAGCUGCCAAAUGCAAAUAAGAGGGUGCACAUCUAAAAGGCGCGUUAUAUUUUUCCUCUCUAGAGGAUCCACACUGACCUGCCACAUCCUUUCAACUGAACUUCUGUUUUACUAUAUUUGUAUUAAUUGUAACACAUUUUUGAAAGGGUUGGGGGAGUUUUAUUUAUAAAUUUGUAACUUAUGCAAAUAAAGGGUUUUGGUUCACUGCCAACUUCUUUUACAAGAAUAA